AUGAAUCUACCUCCACCCGCCGUCCUGGCUACAUGGCCAAUUCCGAACUAUAUCGACCCACCCACUCGUGGGCAUGGUGUAUUGAUUGUGAACAUUGUCUGCUUUUCUUUGGCGCUGAUGAUUGUCUUCCUGCGGGUAUAUACUCGAGUCUGGAUCACCCGUAGCGCGGGCUUUGACGAUGUCUUGAUUCUCAUUGGCUUGAUGUUCGGUAUUGGGAUGGCCGUUGCCACCUCGCUGUCCACCGAGUACGGAGGGAUGAACCGCCAUGUCUGGGAUAUCACUAUCUCAAAACUGGUCACAAUUCAACAGCUCAAUCUCGCCUGGGAAAUGCUAUUCGCAUUAGCCUCAUGCUUCACCAAAAUAUCACUGCUCUGGUUUUGCCGGCGACUAAUUAGCAAAGGCACCCAUCCAACUUACAACUUGCUAUUUAUCAUGGCUAUGGUAUUUGUCGGUUUUAACAAUCUACUGUUUGUAUUUCUCAGUAUCUUUCAGUGCUCGCCAAUUCAUGCAUACUGGGAUAUCAACCACACUGGGCCCUACCACUGCUUGAGUGAUGUCGGCAUCAUCUUCUCCGGUAGUGUGAUCAACAUUCUUACCGAUUUGAUGGCUACAACUUUACCUAUGCCUCUCAUCUGGAGCUUGGAUCUCCCCACCCUUCACCGUUUGGCGGUUAUCUCCAUCUUUGCUGUUGGAGUCAUUGUCAACGUCGCAGGCACUGUACGAACCGUUUAUGUGUGGGAGUGUAUGGUGGUUACUUACGAUGCAACCUGGAUGGGAUGGCCAAUUCUCAUCGCUUCCACGGUGGAAAUUAGCUUGGGUCUAAUUUGCUCGUCGGCCCCAGCCCUCCGCCCACUGGCUGCGGCCUUCUUGCCCCGUCUCCGCAACUCAACCCGCAACAUCUCCUCUUCUUACCAUCGAAAACGUUCCCACAAGCUUUGGUCUUCAACAGAUCGCUCUAAAGAGUCUCGCACAAUUUCAAACGAAGGCCAGGCCGGAUACGAUAGCGAUCACGUCGAGAUAAUGCGCACUGUGGAGAUGGAAAACUGGAACGAUUCCGACUGCACCAACACGAAAAAAAUGGGCCAUGUUCAUGAGACCCCAGUCGACAACCACGGCCGCGUCAUCAGUCCAGUCGAAAGCAUCGAUAUGAAGAAUGACGUUACUUACGCGUCUCCAACGAGCCCUGCAUCCUCACUUUCCAGGCCAAGGAAUAAGCAGGAUGAUUGUGAAAUUGGACGGGCACGCUAG